AUGCAGAUUUCUUUGAAGGUACUGGGCUCACUGCCCGUUGCAUUCGCACUUCCUACUUUCCCGGGCGCCGGCAGUGGGUGCCCGUUCCAGUCGAUGUUACCGCCGUCAACGUCAACGCCGGGAUUUGAUGCAGCAUGCCGGCUCAAGCCAAAUCAUUUUACCUGGACACCACCGGAUCCUGGAGACGUGCGCGCACCCUGUCCGACGUUGAAUACUCUCGCCAACCACGGCUUUCUGCCUCACGAUGGUCGAAAUAUUACUCUCGAUAUUGUCAUAAAAGGUCUCAAAGAUGCGAUGAAUAUUGAAGAAGCACUAGCAACGGCUGCCUUCACACCAGCAUUGCAACUGAACUCAAUAUCCAACGCAAAUUAUAUCGACCUGGACAUGCUGAAUAAGCACAACGUCAUCGAACACGAUGGCAGCUUAUCACGCCGAGACAUGUACUUUGACCCUUCCAACCGUUUCGAUAAGGGGACCUUCGACGCUUUCGUUGCCUACUUCGGCGAUGGAACGACGAUCAGCACUACCAUCAUGGCCAACGCCAGAGCAAGACACGCUCUGGCCAUGAGUCAGAUGAACCCGACAUUCACUCUUCCUGAGUCAUCCGCACCCUUAUUCCUGGGCGAGUCAGCCCUGAUGUUGGCUGUCUGGGGCUCUCCGAAUAAGCCAGUGGCCAAUAGGUCGUUCCUCGAAUACUUUUUUAGAAACGAGAGACUACCAGUAGUACUCGGUUGGGUUCCAAACGAUACCCCCAUCACUUCAGCCAUCAUCUCACAGAUCGCCAACGAUAUCGCCACGCAGACACCUUCUGAUGUCCCUCUAACUUAUACGGCACAGCAUUCUUAA